GUGGACGAUACACUCAACUCUCAUCAUCGCCAUUACCAUUCUCCCAGUUUUUCAAUUUUUUCUUCCUUCUCAACUCUCUCAAAAUGGCCUCAGUCUCUGCUUUUACAAUUUCCCCAUCUUUCCCAUUCUCUACCUCCCACAAACCUAAGAAGAAACCUAUUUCCUCGUCCAUCUUCUCUCAAAAGGGUUCUCAAUUCGUGCCCCGACGGGAGAUUUUGAAAGGAUUCACUCUCCUUCCUCUUUCUUUCCCUCUUUUCCAAUCCUUAAAUCCACUUCCUUCUCUAUCCAAAGAGAUCGAAGUUGGCUCUUAUCUCCCUCCCUCACCCUCUGACCCUUCUUUUGUCUUCUUCAAAGCUUCCCCAAGUGACACCCCGGCUCUUCGUGCAGGAAAUGUGCAACCAUACCAGUUCAUUCUGCCCCCAACUUGGAAACAAACGCGCGUAGCUAAUAUUUUAUCUGGUAAUUACUGUCAACCCAAGUGUGCGGAGCCUUGGGUGGAGGUAAAAUUUGAAGAUGACAAACAAGGGAAAAUCCAGGUAGUGGCUUCUCCUUUAAUACGUCUGACUAAUAAGCCUAAUGCUACAAUUGAAGACAUAGGUAGCCCUGAGAAGGUAAUCGCUUCUCUUGGCCCUUUUGUUACUGGAAGUACAUACGAUCCUGACGAACUUCUUGAAUCAUCGGUGGAGAAACUUGGUGAUCAAACGUAUUACAAAUACACAUUGGAAACUCCUUAUGCUUUGACGGGUACACACAAUCUGGCUAAGGCAACGGCAAAAGGAAGCACCGUUGUGUUAUUUGUGGCCAGUGCUAAUGAUAAACAAUGGCAGGCUUCUGAGAAAGUUUUGAGAACCAUGCUUGAUUCUUUUCAGCUCUAAUUCCUUUCAACACUACAUUCAAAAUCAGGUAAUAUGUGGAUGGAAAUGUGAACCAUUGAUCUUUUUGGUGGAGGCCAAGUUUCUCAAGAUGGGCCUUUCUCACCUUGAUUUUAUUUUUUUUACGUUAGUACGUAAAUUUUGAUAUUUGUAUCUAUUGAAUAUUUUUUAUGUCUAAUAAACUUUUGAACUAUAAAAUAUAUUUUGUGAGUUCUUAA